AAAAACAUCCCCCGGGAUUCAUACCGGGCUUGGGUUCCACCUCCGGGCUUCCUCGAAGAUGGCUUUGUUUCUGUCGACUUGGUUCCGACUCGGCUCGAUUCGGUCUAACCCCCGUGGAGUCCGCCAGCUUCUGAACACUGAUGUGGACGGAUCGAUGGUCUGACUUUGACGCACGGCUCCGGUCCGGCAGAAAGACCCGAGUGGAGUGGAGCAAAACCUCCGCGGUCUCUGAACCGCACGAGGACCGAACCGAACUAUGGCCUUGGGGAAGGGGAGGGGAGGAGGACAACAUGUCGACAGAGCGGCGACCAUGGCGAUGCAGGUGUCUGAGUCCGAUCAGAUCAAGCAGUUCAAGGAGUUUCUGGGAACCUACAACAAGGUGACGGAGAACUGCUUCAUGGACUGCGUCAAAGAUUUCACCACCAGAGACGUCAAACCAGAGGAGUCCAGCUGCUCUGAGUCCUGCCUGCAGAAGUACCUGAAGAUGACCCAGCGGAUCUCCAUGCGCUUCCAGGAAUAUCACAUUCAGCAGAACGAGGCUCUGGCUGCCAAAGCGGGUCUGCUGGGUCAACCUCGCUGAAGUGGACCCCGCGGCUCUGAGAGCGUGAGCAGAACCACGCCGGUCCUGGUCCAGCAGAUCCACCGUCACCGGGAAAUGGACUGAAGUUGCACCUACUCGUCUAUAAGUUGUUUCUCCGUCACAGAAAGAUGGAAAACACAGCUGUUAGACUGUAUGUUCAAAACCAAAACUCUGCAAGGAUCAUUUUGAGUUUUACAAUAAAAUGUGUUUUUUUUUAAUUUAA